AUGGAUUUGCAGGACGACACUCGGUUUCGAAUAACACCGGUACAACAAAUGGCAGCAGCUUGUUCUGGAGCUUUAAUAACUUCACUGAUAGUCACACCAUUAGAUGUAGUUAAAAUUAGACUUCAAGCUCAACAAAAAUCUGUGGAAAGUAAAUGUUUCUUGUAUUGUAAUGGUUUAAUGGAUCAUUUGUGUCCAUGUUUUUCUGAUAAUGGAACUGGAAAUCCACCGAAUCCUCAAUGUCACCUCUCACCGAAUUGGUAUCAGAGACCUGGAAAAUUUUCUGGAACUUUAGAUGCUUUCGUCAAAAUUACCAAAACUGAGGGUUUAGUAUCGUUAUGGAGUGGAUUAAGUCCGACAUUAGUUUUAGCUAUUCCAUCUACGGUUGUUUAUUUUGUAACAUAUGAACAGUUAAGAGUUAAAAUGAAUGAUUUAAUGGGAACUAGUGCCUGUAUAAAUUCUGCAAAUUCUUCAGAUAAAGCACAACCAUUUUGGAUACCCUUACUGGCUGGAGCUACUGCUAGAAUUUGGUCUGCUAGUUUAGUUAGUCCUUUGGAAUUAGUUAGAACGAAAAUGCAAUCUAAAAGAUUAAGUUAUUUAGAAAUAGGACAAGCUUUAAAAAGUCUUUUACAAUAUCAUGGAGUUACAGGUUUAUGGAAGGGAUUAGGAUCAACUUUGUUAAGAGACGUUCCAUUUUCAGCAAUUUAUUGGGUUCAUUAUGAAUGGUUCAAAUCUAAAUUUAUACCAUUAAAUGAAGUUCAAGCUCCAAAUGUAGCAUUUAGUUUUCUAGGUGGUGCUUUAUCUGGAUGUGUAGCGGCUUUUAUUACGACACCAUUUGAUGUUGCCAAAACUCAUCAACAAAUUGAAUUAGGUGAAAUGGAAAUUUACAGAGGUAAAUGUAAAAAUCCUCCAGGAAAAAUAAAAUCGACAACAUAUUCAAUAUUGAAAAAAAUUUAUUCUCAAAAUGGUUUUUCUGGAAUUUUUGCUGGAUUAACGCCUCGAUUAGUUAAAGUGGCUCCGGCUUGUGCUAUAAUGGUAUCAACAUUCGAAUAUGGAAAAUCAUUUUUUGAACGGCGAAAUAAAAAAAUUUUUGAUUGUAAACAAUCAAAUUCUAAUAAAAAAUGA